AUGGCGGUCGAAGGACUUCUGGCAUUAUCUACGGUCCUCCGUCUCAUCGGUGUCUAUAUCGCAUACCAUAUCAUCCGGGCCUUGUAUAAUGUCUCCCCCUUCCACCCACUCAGCCAUAUCCCCGGCCCGAAACUCGCGGCUGCAACAUGGCUCUACGAGGCCUGGUUCGAUCUCAUCCUGAAUGGAAGGUAUACGAACGAGAUUAAAAGGAUGCACGAUGUAUACGGCCCCGUUGUACGCAUCAACCCAGAAGAACUCCAUUUCAGCGACAUAGCAUUCGUCGACGAAAUUUACGCCGGAAAAGGCCGCAGGCGCGACAAGCAAGUGCACUUUGUGGAGUUUAUGGCUGGGCCUGUCACGUUGUCGAUGUUUGCUACGACUGGACACGAUCUUCAUCGCAUUCGACGGAGCGCAGUGAAUAAGUUCUUUUCCCGGGCGCAGAUUGCGAAGCUUGAGUCUAAGAUUAAGGGUCUUGCUAAUGAGUUGUGCGAUAAGAUUAUUCGGCUUGAAUCGAACACGGGGAAGCCGUUUGAUGUUACAGAGGCUUAUAGUUGUUUUACUGCGGAUGUGAUAUCUAGUUAUUGUUUUGGGGAGUCGUUUGGGUUUUUGCAACAGAAAAACUGGCAGCCGAAUUUCAGGAAUCCUUUAUAUGGUGCUCUCAAAGCAACCUACAUUUUCCGAUUCCUGCCAUUGUCGAAGAUUUUCGUUGACAUUGCACCGCUAUUCGCGAACUGGGUCAACGAGGGUAUGGCUGUGAUGCUGAAAGAAAACAACGAGAAAAUGCCUGGUCGUGUACGAAAGGCUCAAAAGGAGCAUGCGGCUGGUGUGAAAGAAGAUUCCCCGAGUAUCUUCACUGCUCUUCUUGAUUCCUCAUUGCCGGAACAAGAGAAGACGGACCUUCGGUUGGGUGGUGAAGGAUUUUCUAUGAUUGGCGCUGGAACCGAGACUACUGCAUGGACACUCUCUGUUUUGACAGUAUACCUGUUAAAUCAACCCGAAGUCCUGGCCCGCCUAACAAAAGAACUCCAAGACGCAGACGCCCUCAAUCUAUCCUGGUUCGCACUAGAGAAACUGCCCUACCUAAACGCAGUCGUAACCGAGGGUCUCCGUCUUUCAUACGGUGUCUCGUCAAGAAUACCCCGUAUCGCGCCGAACGAGAACCUCCUUUACCGCGGUGAGUUCCAGGGACGAGAGAUCGAGUAUGUCAUUCCACCGGGUACGCCUAUGGGCAUGUCAAAUGCCAUCAACCACCACAAUGAAGAUGUAUUCCCGGACUCGCACGUAUUCAAGCCCGAGAGAUGGCUUGAUCUUGAGGAGGCUGAGAGACAUCGGCUGGAGAAUAGUUUGACUUCGUUUUCAAAGGGGAGUAGGCAAUGUCUUGGGAUGAAUCUGGCGUAUUGCAACAUGUACGUUGGGCUGGCAACGCUCACGCUGCGCCUUUUCCCACGGACAAAGUUGUACGAGACGGAUGUGGAUGAUAUCAAGUAUGAUCAUGACUUGUUGGCACCUGCGCCCAAGCCUGCUAGCAAGGGAGUAAGAGCUAUCGUCUCAUAA